AUGUCUGCCAAAAUAAUCUCCGCUUCCAUCCUGUCCCUGCUCGCAGCUGGUGCAGCAGCUCAAUCUGCUUCUGCAUCUUUCGCAGCGACCAACUGCCAGGUCCAAGAUGGUUCGCUUGUGUGCACAGCAGCUGGCGACCAGUAUCGCGUGACCGACGAUGUCGACCUUUCCAACCCACCCACGAGCUAUUCCGUUUGCGAGGCCCUCUCGGAGACCACAAUAGAAUGUGUCGGAGUUGACCAAAAUGGAACACCAACUUCCAACGUGCAACUCGAAGCGGUCGGUGCGAGCGGCAGUGGAGGCUCGAACAGUGAAAGCGCGAUGCCAACGAUGACGGAGAGCGCAUCUGAGAGCAUGACCACAGGUGGCGGAGGGUCCGCCGAGACAACAGCGAUUGAGAGCGGUGCCUCGACGACUGGCACUUCGCCCUCCGAGACAAUGAGUGGAGGAGCGAGCCAGAGCUCCGCUCCAGCUGCGGAUGGCAACUCGGGUGUUGCGCUUUCUGCAGAUUCGGCUUGGGCAUUGUUGGCUAUGCUGGGCGCUGCUGUGAUGAUUUAG